AUGCCGCCAAAGGCACAGCCUCCAUCAGAUCCCUUCACGCCGUCUAGUGCGCAUGUUGCGUUGGCCAUCGCCAUCAUCAGAGCAAAGCCGCCAGGGACCUCGGCAAGAGACUACGUCCUGGGGCUGCGAAGCCAAGUGCGGCCUGGCUCAGCUGAGUCGGAAACCCAUGAAGAGGGCCACUACCUCGACCUAGUCGCGUAUUGGAAGGACCAGUGCCGGAGAUGGCAAGACGAAUGUGAUGGUCUGCGGAGCGAGAACAUCAAGCUCGAGCGUUCCAAUCACUCCCUGACAAGCCGUACAAGCUGUACAUCGGAUACAAUUUCGAUCAACACCAUGAACACGUCGAAAAGGAAAGCACGAACGGCUUCGCCAGUGCGGAACGCGAAGCGAUCCAAGGGCGCCCAACAAGGCGAAAACUCCACGACUGAGACCCAGGACAUGAUUGACGACGACUUCGACUUCCUCGACGGACUAGGUCCAGAGGGCACGAACCUGACCGAGUCCCUGUUUACGACGUACAAACUUUGCCGAACAACGAGUUCAGAUGUCGAUACGUUUUGCUUCGCACUGGUCCGGACAGCCAACGCAUUGGGCAAGGUCAUACGCCUGGUCGCUCACAAACACGGACAGCUUUCGCGACAAGGUGUGCAAACGUCCGGGCCGGCAUCUCUGGAUCGUGAUAAAUCCAACUUUGCACUUGCAAUGACCAUUUGCGCGCGAGGCUUCAUGGCAGUACUUGUCGGUCUCAGCAAGAUGGCUGACAUGAGCAACGAUCAGCGACUUUCGAGUCUUGUUGUAUGCGAGCUGGCGGACAUGUUCAAGACGGUGCUUGCUGCGAUGGAAUCAGUUGCGCGGCAUACCGCCCAACAGAAACCCUUGCAAGCAGUCGAUUCGAAGAGAGCGAGAGAUACGACAACCGCCAUGGUCCCUAAAGAAUCCAUUCCAGCUCGUGCAUUGGCUCACCUACUGAUUGGUUUUCUUGGCUUUCUUGAAAAGACCAAUCCACUACACCAACAAGUAUUCGACGGCUUCGUUUAUCUUUUGCUCGAGCGCGUCGGGCGGCGUUUGUUCUACUGUACGUUCGGCAGACAUCGCAAUAGCACAGUGGAGGGCGAUAUCCAACCAUCGCCCGAACCAAGAUCAACAGAAGAAGCUGUGAGACAGGACACUGAAGCGCUUGGGACGCGUCUCGAAGUAAAAGCCCUCGUCUUGGUGCUUGAGCGCGCCAUGGGCCUGGCACCAAACCACAUGAACUCUCAAACAUCCAACGCCAGCCGGAGUCAGAAGAAACUAGGUCGCACUUUGAGCCUCAAGAACCUGCCCUCCGUAUCAAGAGCUCGUCUCAGCCCGCUUGCCAAGGAUCGCCUCCAGCGAACGCUGGUUGCUUGCAUGUACGGCGACAAGAUGGAUGACGAGUUUCUUGAUGUACUCACAAAGCCUAAGCCGUCCAUGCGGCUGGGCUCAUUGCAGAAUGUUGCAAGGAUAGACGAUAAAGAUGUGGAAGACUGGUAUAAGAAGGAGGUGUGGCGACUCGUCGGCUGGGACGUACUUGCCAAAGAAAGUGGGUGGUGA